CGGAAGUUAUUGCAAGAAGUCCAAAUCUUUUACAGUUCUGAGAACACAAAGAAGGCAUCUCUAAAAGAACAGCAAAGUGGAAAGCUUUCGAUUCAUUUGACAAAUUUACAGCAUAAUCCUAAAAUGUUCAUUCAGAAGUAAAUCCAACUGUGUUCAAUGGGGCUUACUUCCAGAUAUGAUGUUAUAAGUUAUGAAUAACUACAAUCAAAAUCUAAUUACAAUGCCUGGAAAUAACCAUCCUGAAGAGUAUAGAAUUUCAUCACUUGUCUUCUACAGCUUUAUUUUCACAAUUGGCUUAUUUGUUAAUAUCACAGCUCUCUGGGUCUUCAGCUGUACCACCAAGAAGAGAACAACUAUAACUAUCUACAUGAUGAAUGUUGCACUGCUUGACUUAUUCUUUAUAUUUUCUUUGCCUUUUCGGAUGUUUUACUAUAGCAAACGAUCUUGGUUCUUUGGAGAUAUCUUCUGCCGGGUUCUUAGCACAUUUACUGUUUUUUACCCCAGCAUCGCUCUAUGGCUGCUAGCGUUUAUAAGCAUUGACAGAUAUAUGGCUGUCGUGCAGCCUAAACAUGCCAAGGAACUCAAGAACACAACCAAAGCUCUGAUAGCUUGCACAGGACUUUGGAUAAUUACGCUAGCAACAACCUCUCCACUCCUGUUCUUGGAUUCUGAUCCAGACAGAACUUCUAACUUCACCGCCUGCAUUAAGAUGAUGGAUAUUAUCUACCUAAAGGAAGUCAGCAUAUUAAAUUUUUCUCGACUGAUUUUUUUUUUCUUGAUUCCCCUACUUAUCAUGAUUGGUUGUUACCUAGUUAUCAUUUACAGUCUCAUUCAUGGAAGAACUUCUAAGCUGAAACCAAAGGCUAAAGAGAGGUCAAUCAGAAUUAUUUUGACACUGAUUAUCCAAGUGCUUGUUUGUUUUGUGCCUUUUCACAUUUGUUUUGCAUUCCUGAUGCUCCACCAUGGAACAGUAAGUUACAGCCCAUGGGGAGCAUUUACUACCUUUCUCAUGAAUCUCAGCACAUGCCUUGACGUAAUUCUGUACUACCUUGUUUCUAAACAAUUUCAGGCCCGAGUAAUCAGCGUCAUGCUUUAUCGUAAUUAUCUUCGAAGCGUACGAAGAAAAAGUAUAAGAUCUGGUAGCAUGAGGUCAUUAAGUAAUAUCAACAGUGAGAUGAUAUAAAAAAAUAAAAAUGCAAAAAAAUACUUGAAGAAUAUUCGUUAGUGCACAAGAAAGUAUGGCAAAAGGACAAAUAAAAAAUGGCAAAGAAAUAAGUAACUUUAUUAUUCGUCUCUCAAGCUAUUUCUCCUAGCUUGACAUGCGUUGAGACUCCUGCCUAUUUAAUAAAUUCCACUCUACACCUAUUAUUUGCUGAUAAUUAUCUUAUCUUUGCUGCUAUGUUACUUCUGGGGAACUGCUCAACUGAAUAAGCAACUUGGACUCGCCACACGCAAAAAAAACUGUGGAGGGAAA